CACUGAAUCCAUCUUCUCCAUUUCUCCUCCUCUCUCUUUCUCUCUCCAUCUCUCUCAAUCUCUCCAUUAAUGGAUACUCUCACCCUCAUCUUCACGGCGACCCUAAUCGCCGGCGGACUCUACUGGUUCGUCUACAUCCUCGGAUCCGCCGAACAGAAAGGCAAACGCGCCGACAAACUCUCCGGCGGUUCAAUCGCCGCCGAAGAAGUCCGUAACAAUUACAAACAGUACUGGUCAUUCUUCGACAAACCAAAAGAGAUCAAAACCACCGAAAAAGUCCCAGAUUUCGUCGACACUUUCUACAAUCUAGUAACAGAUAUCUACGAAUGGGGAUGGGGUCAAUCUUUCCAUUUCUCCCCAUCAAUAAACGGUAAAUCUCACCGUGAAGCCACUCGUAUCCACGAAGAAAUGGCCGCCGAUCUGAUAAACGCCAAACCAGGAAACAAAAUCCUCGACGCCGGUUGCGGUGUCGGCGGUCCUAUGAGAGCAAUCGCUGCUCAUUCCGGCGCUAACAUUGUCGGAAUCACAAUCAACGAGUAUCAAGUCGGAAGAGCGAAAGAUCAUAACAAAAAAGCUGGACUAGAUUCUUUAUGCGAAGUCGUACGAGGUAAUUUUCUUGAGAUGCCAUUCGAUGAUAACAGUUUCGAUGGUGCUUAUUCAAUCGAAGCAACAUGUCACGCGCCGAACCUAAACGAAGUUUAUUCCGAGAUCUAUAGGGUUUUAAAACCCGGAUCUUUAUACGUUUCUUAUGAAUGGAUAACGACUGAAUUAUACAAUGGAGAGGAUCAGAAUCAUGUAAAGAUUAUUCAAGAGAUUGAAAGAGGUGAUGCUUUACCUGGGUUAAGAAGUUACGAUGAGAUAGCUGCGACUGCUAAGAAAGUAGGGUUUGAAGUUGUGAAAGAGAAGGAUUUAGCAAAACCUCCAUCAAAUCCAUGGUGGACUAGGUUGAAGAUGGGGAAAUUUGCUUAUUGGCGUAAUCAUGUUAUGGUAACUGUUUUGGCUUUCAUUGGAAUCGCACCUAAAGGUGUAGUUGAUGUUCAUGAUAUGCUUUGUAAGACGGCGAAUUAUCUUGUUCUUGGUGGUGAAACUGGGAUUUUCUCACCUAUGCAUAUGAUUCUUCUCCGGAAGCCGGCCGGCGCCGGCGAAGGUGCAGAUAAGUAAACGAUGUCGUUUGUUUGUUUAAGUAAGACUUAUGUUUUUGUUUUUUUUAAUGUUGUUUUGUUUGGAUUAUAUCAUCAGACAUUGUUAUUAGCAAUUGCAUUUAUUUGUAAUUGGUAAUUGUAUUAGAAAGAGUGUCUUUCUAAUGGUU